UGAAGUUGCUGCCGUUUUUUACGUUUUCAUCGCGAACCGCUGCUCAUUGUUGGGUUGAUGGUUGUUCAGUUAUAAAAAUCAAUUUUCUCGGUUCGUUGUGUCCUGCAAAAUUUCCCGGACCACAAGAUAACGACAAUCAAAACUUCUAAAUUCAGCAGUCGAUCAGUGUUUUCCCGAUAGAAACAAACGCCUCCGUUUGUGAACUGAAAACUCCUUGGUAAUGCGGAUUUUCCGCUGAAAUUCGCAGAAAGUGAAUCCGCAGCGAAGGAAAAUCGAAAAGAAAACGGCAACGAACUAACAGUGGUAGAGGAAAUAAGAGUUCUAGUGGAAUAACAAAAACCUAAAGUGCGCGAGAAACAUCCGAUCAAAGAAGAGAGCAGUGAAAACCCUCCGCCCGCAGAGGGAGAAGUCAUCAGCCAUCAGUGACUUGUUUUCGUGCCGCUGGUCCCGAUACGUGCGCGGAAAGUGAGUGUUUUGGAGAAGAAUCGUAGAAAUCCGUAGCUCGCCGCCGAAGAAGACGACGACGACGCAAGCACAACUUUUCUGGAUUUAAGUUUUCGUUGUUGUCGCUGUUGUUGUUACUGUUGUAUUGGCCGUUGUUGCCACUAUCGUCGUUUGUUUGAAACUACGGUCCACUCGUCAAGGAUCGUCUCCAACGUCAUCAUCGUCAUCAUUAUUUCCGCCAACAGCCAAACCACCGAUUGAAAGAUGGCAGAUGAUCUGCGAGAUCGCAACGACCCGGAGCUUAAGUAUCUCUCCGUGGAGCGAAAUUCCUUCAACGAUCCGGCCACACAGGCCGAAUGGACACAGAAGCGGCUAGUUUGGGUGCCGCACGAAUCACAGGGAUUCGUCGCGGCCAGCAUCAAAGGUGAACGUGGCGAUGAGGUCGAGGUGGAGCUUGCCGAAACCGGCAAACGCGUCCUUGUGCUCAAGGACGACAUCCAGAAGAUGAACCCGCCCAAAUUCGACAAGGUCGAGGAUAUGGCCGAACUCACCUGCCUGAACGAAGCGUCCGUGCUGCACAACAUCAAGGAUCGAUACUACUCCGGGCUGAUCUAUACAUACUCGGGCCUUUUCUGCGUGGUGGUCAAUCCGUACAAAAAGCUACCCAUCUACACCGAGAAGAUCAUGGAGAAGUAUAAAGGCAUCAAACGGCACGAAGUACCGCCACACGUAUUCGCCAUCACAGACACCGCAUACAGAUCGAUGCUGCAAGAUCGAGAAGAUCAGUCCAUCCUGUGUACCGGCGAGUCGGGUGCCGGUAAAACUGAAAACACAAAGAAAGUGAUACAGUAUUUAGCUUAUGUGGCAGCCUCCAAACCCAAGGGAUCCGUCGCGCAGCCAUCGCCAGCACUUAUUAUUGGUGGUCACUCAUCAAGCCUAUCGGGAGAACUAGAACAGCAACUCCUACAAGCCAAUCCUAUAUUGGAAGCCUUCGGUAAUGCCAAAACCGUGAAAAACGACAACUCGUCACGAUUCGGAAAAUUCAUCCGGAUAAACUUUGAUGCCUCCGGGUACAUCUCCGGUGCCAACAUCGAGACGUACUUGCUCGAGAAGUCCCGUGCCAUUCGCCAAGCGAAAGAUGAACGUACAUUCCACAUUUUCUACCAGCUGCUGGCCGGAGCGUCGCCCGAACAGCGCGACAAGUUCAUCCUGGAUGACAUCAAAACCUACCCGUUCCUGUCGAAUGGAAGCCUACCGGUACCCGGCGUCGAUGACCACAUAGAGUUCCAGGCCACGGUCAAGAGCAUGAACAUCAUGGGCAUGACCGAGGAAGACUUCAACUCGAUAUUCCGCAUCGUCAGUGCGGUGCUGCUGUUCGGUUCGAUGAAGUUCAAACAGGAACGCAGCUCCGAUCAGGCCACCCUGCCGGACAACACGGUCGCACAAAAGAUCGCCCACCUGUUGGGUCUGAGCGUCACGGACAUGACCAAGGCUUUCCUGACGCCCCGGAUCAAGGUUGGCAGGGAUUUCGUCACCAAGGCACAAACCAAGGAGCAGGUCGAGUUCGCCGUGGAAGCCAUUGCGAAGGCGUGCUACGAAAAAAUGUUCAAGUGGCUGGUCAACCGAAUCAACCGAUCACUGGAUCGAACCAAGCGCCAAGGUGCCUCGUUCAUCGGUAUUCUGGAUAUGGCCGGUUUCGAAAUCUUCGACUUGAACUCAUUCGAACAGCUGUGUAUUAAUUACACGAACGAAAAGCUGCAGCAACUGUUCAACCAUACAAUGUUUAUCCUAGAGCAGGAGGAAUAUCAACGUGAAGGUAUCGAAUGGAAAUUCAUCGAUUUCGGACUGGAUCUGCAACCAACGAUAGACUUGAUCGACAAGCCGGGCGGUAUCAUGGCUCUGUUGGAUGAAGAGUGCUGGUUCCCGAAAGCUACAGACAAGACUUUUGUAGAAAAACUGGCCACCGCCCACACAAUGCAUCCUAAAUUUAUGAAAACCGAUUUCCGCGGUGUGGCCGAUUUCGCCGUCGUGCAUUACGCCGGAAAAGUCGACUAUUCCGCCACCAAGUGGUUGAUGAAGAACAUGGAUCCUCUUAACGAGAACAUUGUUUCUCUACUGCAAGGCUCACAGGAUCCGUUCGUGGUCCAGAUCUGGAAGGAUGCCGAAAUUGUCGGAAUGGCCCAGCAGGCUCUUACCGACACCCAGUUCGGAGCCCGUACUCGCAAAGGUAUGUUCCGCACAGUGUCCCAUCUGUACAAGGAACAGCUGGCCAAGUUGAUGGACACGCUUCGCAACACCAACCCGAACUUUGUCCGUUGUAUCAUUCCGAAUCACGAGAAACGUGCUGGCAAAAUCGACGCUCCUCUAGUACUGGAUCAGUUACGGUGCAAUGGUGUCCUGGAAGGUAUCCGUAUUUGUCGUCAAGGUUUUCCGAAUCGCAUUCCGUUCCAAGAGUUCCGGCAGCGGUACGAACUUCUCACGCCAAACGUUAUCCCGAAAGGUUUUAUGGACGGUAAGAGGGCUUGCGAGCAGAUGAUCAAAGCCCUCGAGCUGGACAAUAAUCUUUAUCGCAUCGGCCAAUCUAAAAUCUUCUUCCGAGCGGGAGUACUGGCACAUCUGGAGGAAGAACGUGAUUACAAGAUCACCGAUUUGAUUGUCAACUUCCAGGCAUACUGCCGCGGAUUCCUGGCUCGUCGCAAUUAUCAGAAGCGAUUGCAGCAACUCAAUGCCAUACGAAUUAUUCAGCGAAACUGCGCUGCCUACCUCAAACUACGCAACUGGCAAUGGUGGCGAUUGUACACCAAGGUGAAACCACUUUUGGAAGUUACCAAGCAGGAGGAAAAGUUGGUUCAAAAGGAAGAUGAACUUCGACAAAUUCGAGACAAACUGGAUAAUCUGUCCAGGAACUCACAGGAAUAUGAAAAGAAGUUCCAGCAAGCGAUAGAAGAGAAGACCCACUUGGCGGAGCAGUUACAAGCUGAGAUUGAGUUGUGCGCCGAAGCAGAAGAGGGACGUGCUCGGUUAGCGGCUCGCAAGCAAGAGUUGGAAGAGUUGAUGCAAGAUUUGGAAGCUCGCAUCGAAGAGGAGGAAGAACGUGUUAACGCCUUGUCGAGUGAAAAGAAGAAACUUCAGAUCAACAUCCAGGAUCUAGAAGAGCAGCUGGAGGAGGAGGAAGCUGCUCGUCAGAAACUGCAGCUUGAGAAAGUUCAGUUGGAUGCAAAAUUGAAGAAAAUGGAAGAAGAUGUGGCCUUAACAGACGAUCAGAACACAAAGCUUCAAAAGGAGAAAAAGAUUCUCGAAGAACGUGCCAACGAUUUGUCUCAGACGCUUGCUGAGGAGGAAGAAAAAGCCAAACAUCUGGCGAAACUGAAGGCGAAGCACGAAUCGACGAUUGCUGAACUGGAGGAACGUUUGCUAAAAGAUCAUCAACACCGCCAGGAAUCGGAUCGUUCCAAGCGGAAGGUUGAAACCGAAGUGGCGGACCUGAAGGAACAGAUCAAUGAACGUCGCGUACAAAUCGAGGAGAUGCAACAGCAGUUGGUCAAGCGUGAAGAGGAGCUCGCUCAGACACUGGUGAGGAUUGAUGAGGAGUCGGCCUCAAAGGCAGCUGCCCAGAAAGCCCAGCGUGAACUGGAAUCACAGCUGGCUGAAAUCCAGGAAGAUUUGGAAGCGGAAAAGCUAGCUCGAUCCAAGGCGGAAAAGCAGAAGCGUGAUCUGAACGAGGAACUCGAAGCCUUGAAGAACGAACUGCUGGACUCGCUGGAUACCACUGCUGCUCAACAGGAACUGCGCUCCAAGCGUGAACAGGAGGUGGCCACUUUGAAGAAAACGUUGGAAGAUGAAGCCGCCAACCACGAGGGUCAUGUAUCUGAUAUGCGACACAAGCAUGCCCAGGAGAUCUCCUCCAUCAACGAGCAGCUGGAAAGUCUCAAAAAGGUCAAGGGCGGCUUGGAGAAGGCCAAACAAACACUGGAAGCGGAGAAUGCUGAUCUGGCAACGGAACUGCGUAACGUCAAUCAAUCUCGCCAGGAAAACGAUCGCCGUCGCAAACAGGCUGAAACACAAAUUGCCGAAUUGCAGGUUAAACUAGCCGAAGUUGAGCGAACCCGCAUGGAACUGCAGGAUAAGGUGACAAAACUACAGCAGGAAUCAGAGAACAUCACCCAACAAUUGGACGAGGCCGAAUUGAAGGCCUCGGCAGCGAUCAAAAGUGCCAGCAACAUGGAGAGUCAGCUAACGGAGGCGCAACAAAUCCUCGAAGAAGAGACACGCCAAAAGUUGGCGCUGAGUUCGAAGUUGCGACAACUGGAAAGCGAAAAGGAAGCCCUCCAGGAGCAGCUCGAAGAGGAUGAGGAAGCCAAGAAGAACUAUGAGAAGAAGUUGGCUGAGCUGAAUUUCACCAUCCAGGAGAUGAAGAAACGUUCCGAAGAGGACUCCGACCUUGCCAAGGAGCUCGAGGAAGCUAAGAAAAAAAUGAACAAAGAUAUCGAGGUACUGCAAAGGCAAAUCCUGGAACUGCAAGCCACCAACGAUAGACUGGAUAAGAGCAAAAAGAAAAUCCAAUCGGAGUUGGAGGAUGCCACUAUCGAGUUGGAGACGCAGCGCACUAAGGUGCUAGACCUGGAGAAGAAGCAAAAGAAUUUCGACAAAGUCCUCGCCGAAGAGAAGGCCGUUAGUGAGCAGCAUGCCCAAGAGCGGGACGCCGCUGAAAGAGAAGCUCGUGAAAAGGAAACCAAGGUGUUGUCUUUGACAAGGGAAUUGGAUGAAGCGUACGAGAAAAUCGAUGACCUGGAGACCAAACGCAAGGCACUACAAAACGAACUGGACGAGUUGGCUAAUACACAGGGAACAGCUGACAAGAACGUGCACGAGUUGGAGAAGGCCAAACGAGCGCUUGAGAGUCAACUGGCGGAAUUGAAGGCACAGAACGAAGAACUCGAAGAUGACCUGCAACUCACGGAGGAUGCCAAGCUGCGAUUGGAAGUCAACAUGCAAGCUUUGCGGGCGCAGUUCGAACGGGAUGUGCAAGCCAAGGAGGAGCAAUCUGAAGAGAAGCGGCGUGGUCUGGUUAAGGCACUUCGCGACUUAGAAGCCGAACUGGAUGAAGAACGAAAACAGCGGGCGGCUGCCGUGGCAGCUAAAAAGAAACUCGAAGGUGACUUGAAGGAUAUUGAGGCCACCCUAGAGAUGAACAACAAGGUCAAGGAAGAUGCUCUCAAACAAGCGAAGAAAUUGCAAGCUCAGGUUAAGGAUGCUAUCCGGGACGCCGAGGAAGCUAAGGCCGCUAAGGAGGAGUUAGCAGCCGUUAGUAAGGAAGCCGAGCGAAAGGCGAAGGCGCUAGAAGCCGAAGUAAUGCAGCUUUCGGAAGACUUUGCCAGUUCAGAACGAGCAAGAAGGGCGGCCGAAGCCGAAAGAGAUGAACUACUGGAAGAGAUCAACUCCAACUCCAACAAGGGCUCCCUGAUGAUCGACGAGAAGCGACGGUUAGAAGCACGAAUUGCUGCUCUGGAAGAAGAACUGGAGGAGGAACAAUCCAACGCUGAACUGUUGGUCGACCGCAACCGUAAGGCACAGAUUACCAUCGAACAACUCACCACCGAGCUGGCGGCGGAGAAGUCCAACUCGCAGAAGUUCGAAAACGUCAAGACUGGCCUGGAGCGACAGAACAAGGAACUGAAGGCCAAGCUAUCCGAACUGGAAACCGCCCAACGCACCAAGGUGAAAGCUGCCAUGGCCAGUCUGGAGGCCAAGAUUGCCAACCUCGAGGAGCAGCUAGAGAACGAAACCAAGGAACGGCUCGGUGGGCAGAAGGCGAACCGCAAGCUGGAGAAGAAGAUCAAGGAGCUGACGAUGAACAUCGAAGACGAAAGGCGACAUGCCGACCAGUACAAGGAACAGAUCGAGAAGAUGAACAAUCGUAUGAAGAUCCUGAAGCGAAAUCUCGACGAAGCGGAAGAAGAAAUCCAGAAGGAGAAGACACAGAAACGCAAGGCCCAGCGAGAGUACGAGGACAUGCUUGAGAGUCAUGAAGCGCUCACGAGAGAGGUGAACUCGCUGAAAACUAAGCUGAGACGUGGUGGCCUUGGAGUGAGUUCGUCCCGGCUCACGACACCGAAACGCGAGAACGAUUCCAUGGUUCAGGAUGAGUCGCUCGACGGCGAGGACAACAGCAACUGACGACUGCCGAGUACGUCUUCCAAGUAUCUUUCCAACUUUUACUAACCCAUGGGAGGGAGGGAAAAGCGGGGGGAGUCUGAUGGAUAGAGCAGCAGGAAACAGCAGAACCGAGAUUGGGAGCGAAUGAGAGCGCGUGUCGAUUUUUUUUACUACCUGUGGAAAUAAAAUUGCGAAUGUGCGACGGUUUAGCGAUGCAAACACCCAUCAUUCUUUGUUGUAUUAAAUAUUUGGAUAAAAUCUUACCGUGAUGGGCCAUUGUCUGUAUGGCCUAACUUUUGCAUGUAUUUAGGAGAAAGUUUAUCGAAAUAGCAACCAACGGGGAAUCGAUCCAGAUACCCGUCCGGUGAGAAGAGUAGAGGUGAUGCAGAUAAAUGAAAACGUAUUUAGCGAAUAAGUAAUCAACAUUUUCCUAAAUCAAAACCAGCAAACGAGUAAGAAUGCAACUUAGAGAACUUCAUAAAAAUACCAUUUCAUAAAACCUACCAUUAGAGCGACAAUGUAUUACGAUCGGAAAAGGAAAAUCAAUCAUUUUAGACAGAAAAUAUUAACACAAAUAGCGAGCAGCAUAAUGGAAACGAAUGAUGGGAUACAUUUUUACACAAAAUCAGUAUGUUUUAUGCUUUCAUAAAAAACGGGGAGAAAAAAGAGAAACGAAUCAACAUUAACAAUUGAACCGAUGAGCAUUUAAAAAAAACACGUUUAUAUAUGUUACGAAAAUUUAUUGUUUUUAAUUAUUAUUAUUAAAAUAAUUAAUGCCUUUUUUCAUUGCUAUUAUUUGUCGUCGUCAUUAAGUUUCCCGCAAGAUAUUUCCUCUGUUUCUAAACCUUUUUUUUUCAUUUGCUAGCAUGGACAAGAUUUACUUAUUAUUGAAACGCAACGCAACAUACAAACACACAGAUACGGCCAGGCACGACAUAAUUCCAUUUUCUGUAGCACACAAAAACUUGGUCUGUUUUUAAAAAGGAUAUGAAUUACGGUAAAUACACAUUACAAGUCGUAAUUCACGCAGGAAAAAAAAGUUUCAAAAAAUCAACAGAUAGAAACACACUGUAUCUGCCUAAGCAAUGAUCGCUUUUUAUAUUAAUUAACAAGAAACGUCUCUAGUUGAAACAGAAAAAAAAAUCCGUUAAAUAAUAAUAAUAAAAAAAAUAUUGCUAUUGAA